AAGUCUACGUUUUAGGACAUCACCUUGGACGACCCUUUAGUGUUUCCUUCAAGAUGGUGUAUUGUCCUUUCUACAAGGAGGCAAACUUCAGCGGUAUCCCAUCCAACCAAACAGCCAAGGCCACGUCUAUAAAUGUGUUCACCAUCACUCUCCAUGGCUUGUUCUCUUCCGUCGGCAUCAUCGAAAACCUCCUCAUCCUCGGAGUGGUCGGCUUUCACGUCCGCCGCUCUGUCAUCAGCAUCUGGAUCCUGAACCUCGCCGCUUCUGACCUGCUGGCCACUGCCUCUCUACCCUUCUUCACCCUCUACAUGGCCCGCGGCAACACCUGGACGUUGGGCACGACCUUCUGCAGGAUCCACUCCUCUAUCUUCUUUCUCAACAUGUUUGUGAGCGGCUUCCUGCUGGCGGCCAUUUCUUUUGACCGCUGCUUGGUGGUUCUGAGACCCGUCUGGGCCCAGAACUACAGGAAUAUCCAGCUUGUUGGGAAGAUAUGUGGGAUGAUUUGGGCUUUGGCUGUUGUCUUCACUAUGCCCUUCUACAUAUUCCGCGAUACCAUUGUCCUACCUGAUGGCAAGAUCCAGUGUUACUACAAUUACGCUCGACUUCUCCCACACAAGCCCUUUGACCUGGGACACCUGUGUCAGCAGCGAAAGGUGGCCUUGGCCUUCAUGAGGCUCUUCCUAGCCUUCUUGAUCCCUCUGCUGAUCAUAAUCCUCAGCUACGCUGCCGUGAACCAAGGCUUGGCGCGCCGAGGCUGCCGACGCCCUUUCCGUUUCGUCCGUCUCGUGGUGGCCGUGGUGGUGACCUUUAUACUCUGCUGGGCUCCGUACCACUUGUUCAUCAUCAUGGAGGCGGUGGCGCCAAGCGGGCAUCCUGCGCAGAGAUUUGCAGGCAAGGCGCUCCCAUACGCAGCGACCAUUGGUUUCCUUAACAGUGUCCUCAACCCCAUCCUGUAUGUGUUCAGCUGCCCAGACCUGCGCAACAAAAUCCAACAUUCUCUGGGCGCCGUGAUGGAGAGUGUGCUGGCUGAGGAUCUGGCAGAAUUGGCCCGACGCCGCAGCACCGCUCGGUACCUUAGCACCAAUGAAUUCAUGUUGAAGCAGAAAAAUUCUGUCAAUGCCUUGGGUGUGAAAGACGAGGAGACAGAGCAAGAAGAAACUCAGAAUUAAAUAAACACAUGGUAACUUCAAGAGCAGUGGUUGGGCUUUUGUUCUGUCCUGCAUAGAAGCAGCUUUUCUUUGAAAAGGCCAAGAUCUUUAAAUGUUCAAGACAGACCUUUAAUUGUGAUUUUGUUGUCUUCUUACCAUCAUUUGUUUUUUUUAGCUUAACUUGGUUAUCGAUGCUGAUGCAAACCUUGAUCCUAUAUCCUUCAAAAAAUGUUUGGACCCAACGCUUCCUGCACAGAUGUUUUGGAUAGAAAUAUCUGCAGUCGCUGUAAAAUUUUACACCACUUUAUUGUGCUUUGCAAAUUAGCCAAACUCAACAGUGCUGAGCACACAGUAUAUAUGUCCAAAUAAGGCUUGGUGAUGGAUGAAACAGUCAGAUUUCAAUCGGACCAAAUAUCAUAGAUCAUAGGCAUGAAUGUCACUUUCAACAUCCUUUAAUUUAAAUGUUAACAGCAAAUUAGGUACGGGUGUCAGGGUGUUUUAAAGGUCGAAGGGCCGACUGUUAGUAGGUCUUAGAUCCAAUGGCCUUUUUUUAUAUGAGGCACUUAUCAGUAGUAAGUAUACUACGCACAAUAGAUAACAGUCAGCACGGUCCCUGUUUGGAGCAGCCAGCUGGAGUUCCUACUCUUAAGCCAACCUAUCUACAACUACUGCAGAAAGGGUCAUGUGCACUUGGUAAAAGUCCCUUCCUGCAGCUAAAUGUACAACAGCCCUGUUUUCUAUGCCACAUAUCACAGUAGUUUCUUGCUUGUGUUUUUCCACUGUUCCUGGUCACCAUACAUAUUUCAAUGCAGAGUUGCAUUGCAGGGAUCUGUUCAUUCAUAUUGGCCUCAGAUAACAGAUAACACUUCACAUGCAAUUCUGAGACAACUCCAAUGUGUUUCCAAUGCAAACAGCAUUUCGCCAUUUCCAUAUAUUGUAUUUUCUUGGAUGCCGGUAGCCUAGUGGUUAGUGCACAUUUAUGGAGGCUAGUAGUCCUCUAAGCCAAUAGCCUGGGUUCAAAUCCAAGCUGUGGUUCAUUUCCUGCAUCUCUUCCCAAUUUCUGACUCUAUUCACUGUCCUUGCUAUCUGUUACCUGUUAUUUCUUGUAAUUAACCCUGACCCAAACAGCUGAUCCGUGGUGUGGUUGAAAAAAUGAAAAUGAAAACAUUGUUUAUGUCAAGUUGUUGUGCUACACGUAGUACUUUCUGUGUGGCUAAAAUACGUGGUUCCUGUCACCCUUUCUGCAGUGGUACUUUACAUAGCUUCAGUUGUUUGUAGAAACUCAAACUGCUUCCCAAACAGGUGCCAUGCUGACUGUUAUGUACUAUGCCGAGUGUACUUGUUAGUGAUCACUACCUCUCAUAUAAACCCUUUAGAAAUACUACUACUAAUUAGUAGUGUGCAAAUGUAAAUUAUGUUGAGGAAAUUCUGUACAUUUCAAGAGUUACAGGAAUUCCAGGAUAUGAAAAUGUACUGAAUACUCACUGUGUUUGUGCUUGGAGUGAGCUCUUCGUCUCCAAAUGAGUAACCUGCUGAAAAAAAUAAUAAAAUACAACAGCAAAUGUUUUCCUAUUUUGACUUGGAUGCUGAGUAAAUGUACAUCAUGCUGAAUUACCCCUAGUUAAUGCUACUAUUUAGUUUUCCUUUGGUUAAGAAAGUUUGAACUAAUGUAACUGUUUAUUACUGUGGUAAUAGGAGCUAAUUUGUAUAAAUUGUGGUCUUUAUUAUAUUCACUAAUUUUGCUUACAGUAGAGAAAAUGCGUCUUACAUAUUGUAUUGAAUUGUAUACUUGCUUUAUUGUCCAUGCAUCACUGUGACAUUUCCAUCAUUAAAACUAAAAAGGAAAGUA